AUGUAUCCAGAUGUGAUCAACAGGGAUCAAUUAAAAAGUAUUCUUCUACGAGAAUCAAACGAGAAGGGCUGGUCUGAAGUGAAAGAUCUAACCGUUGAAAGCAAGGAGGAGCAUUCAUACUCGCUCGUUCCCGGCCUAACUCCCGUCGUCAGCGUCAAGAAUGUCAGAACAGUCCUUCUAGGUAAACCGUACACUCAGUGCAUAGAAGAUAUCAGUUACACCACGCAAGGAUGUCUCUACGGGAAAUUGCUGGAUAGAAUCGUGCGCAUGUGCCAGUGCUAUCCAAGCUACGCGGAAGAUGGCAAAAAGUUGAAAAAGAAAUUUUCUACGGUGGACGAGUGUAACUUUUAUCUUCAUGCGACGUGCGUUUCUUUUGUCAAGGAGCAGUUCGACCAAACCGAAGUCACCUGUGAACCUGCCUGCUACCAGGACUCCAUUCAUCAAGAAUCUAUUCCUGGGCUUUCGAAAAACUGA